AUGCUCGCUCUCGCCUAUCUUGGGGUCGGGCUCGGGGUCUACUUGGUCUACUCCUUCGCAAAGACCUUCUACGACUGGUACCGCCUGCGACACAUCCCCGGUCCCUUCUCUGCCGGCCUCUCCAAAGGAUGGCUGCUCAAACACACCUGGGAUGGUUCCAUGUACAUCGAGUCUGCGGAACAAUGCUUCAAAUACGGUUCGCUGGUUCGCAUCGGACCGAACGACCUCAUCACAUGUGAUCCCGAGAUCCUCAAGACAAUGGGUGCGGCUCGAUCUCCGUACCGUAGAUCUGACUGGUACGAUGCCCUUCGAGUCGACCGUGAUAAUAUUCUCUCCGAGCGGAACGAGGAGAGACAUGCAAUGCUUCGUGCCAAAAUGGCCCCGGGGUAUGCUGGCAAGGAGAACCCCACCCUCGAGCAGUCAAUCGACGACUGCAUCGCCAAGCUGGUCGACCUCAUCGAACGGAACUAUCUCUCUAGCCCAGAAGAAUUCAGACCCAUGGAUUUCGCGCGCAAGGCGCAAUAUUUGACCCUGGACAUCCUCUCCGCCAUUGCGUUUGGAGGGGCUUUCGGAUUUCUCGAAAAGGACGAGGAUGUGUUCCACUAUAUCCAGACAACCGAAAGCACCAUCCCAGCCAUGAUCCUGUGUGCGGCAUUUCCAGGCCUGUCCAAGGUCUUCCAGUCGCGAAUCAUGAAGUUCCUGAUGCCCAAGGACACUGAUGCAUAUGGCCUAGGCAGAAUCAUGGGAGUGGCAAAGGAGGUGGUCGCAGAAAGAUUCCGACCUGAAGCAAAACCCCGGAUGGACAUGUUGGGAUCAUUCCUCCGACAUGGCCUCUCUCGCGAAGACGCCGAAACGGAAACCAUGGUCCAGAUCCUCGCCGGCAGCGACACCACCGCGUCAGCGAUACGUGCGACGAUGCUUCAUAUUCUCACCAACCCACCCGUUCUGGCAAAACUGUUGGCCGAGCUUUCGUCCGCUAACAUCUCCGAUCCCAUCCAGGACUCUGAAGCCCGCAAGCUGCCGUACCUCCAGGCCGUGAUCAAGGAAGGCUUGCGCAUUCACCCGCCUGUUACAGGGCUCCAGUCGAAGUGUGUGCCGCCUGGGGGAGACACCCUCAAUGGCUAUUAUGUCCCGGCAGGGACGAAAAUCGGAUACUGUGCAUUCGGACUGUUCCUGGACGAGGGACUGUGGGGUCCAGAUGCCAAAGUGUUCCGGCCCGAGCGAUUCCUGGAAGGCACGCCGGAGGAGAUCAAGCGCAAGGAGGCUAACGUAGACAUGGUGUUUGGCUAUGGGAGGUCGUCGUGUCUCGGGAAGAGCAUUGCGUUCAUCGAACUGAACAAGGUCUUCGCGCAGCUGCUUCGAAAGUUCGAGUUCACCAUCGUCAACCCGCAGCAUCCAUGGAAAUCCUUUAGCGCAGGAGUCUUCAUUGUGAGCGACAUGUGGAUGCGGGUCACGAAGAGAGAACCACCAAUUUGA